AUGGAUGACCCUCUUAUCAAUGACGCGGAUUAUUCUUCCUGGUUGGAGACGAUCAUUGGAGAGUUAGGCCUCGUGCAAUCCGAUGCCUCGAAGUCGUCUUCAGACGCUGCCGAAGCUCUUUUUCUCGAUCGCCUCGCCACAAACGCGGCAAGAAGAAGGCUCCGUCGGAACGAUGAACUCGGGAAUAAGCUUAAUGAUCAAGAGAUUGAUCUAAGACUUCAUGCAGUGGAUGUAUCGCCGCUACUUGACCCCGAACUGGCAUGGAGGCGGUUGUUGGCAGCGGAUACUCUCCUAGAACGCUACGAGACGCGCAGUCGAGACAUGCUGGAUCUGGAACAGUUGAUUUCUCUUCUGGAAAGUGCUAGCUCACUUAUAGAGGAGGGGAAUGAGCUUUUCCCGGAUUACCUCGUGGUAUACGGGCGCGCUCAUCGGUGUCACUUCGAUGUGACUCAAGACCCUUUAGAGCUUGGAAGGAUCAUCCAGACCCUCGCCUCAUUCCUGCACGUGGUUGAUGGGAACCCAAUGCUGCUACAGGUCUAUUCGAGUCUCUUGAUGAAUCAGUUCAAGUUUUCGGCAAGGCAGCAGGAUCUCCAUGCGGCCAUUGAGCGGGCAGAGGCUGUUCGAAACCAUGUCAAUGCUGGGGUUGACACUCGGAUAUUCGCCCUUUCAAACCUAGCAGAGUGUCUCCCAGACUUGCCAGACUUUCAGAUUGGUGAUGGGGGCACGCAUCUGGAUCGUGCGGUGUCAAGGGGAUUGGAGGCGAGGGAAUUGGCUAAGCGGCCAGACCACCCCGUUGCAGAUGUCGCCUUUGUAUAUGGAAGUCUCUCGUACGCGCACUAUCGUCGUUAUGUGCAUUCAAGAAGACCUGCAGAUUUACAACAGGCGCUUGAAAACGGAAAGAGAGCGGUGGAACUUUGUGGAGACGGCCAUCCCGACAAGGCCCGAUGGACAAACCACCUUGGACUGGUCUACAUAGCCCACUUCCACCACCUGGCAGACAGAUCCAGCCUGGAGAACGCCACCAGUUUAUUCCAGGAGGCCAUUGAACUCUCUUCGGAGCAUGGGCAAAUCCGUGGGCUAGCACUCAGCAACCUAGCAGAUGCGUUGGCGUCCAGGUUCGACCUAACUGGGGAGACCGAAGCUCUGGAUAUUGCCGUCCUCAAGUACCGGGCCGCAGCCAAACAAAUCAACCCGCACGUCGUCAAGUCGGCUAGCAACCUACAAAACCUUGGAAGUAUCUUGAUCACUGCGUACUACCGCCACUUGGCAAGCGAGUAUCUGGAUGAAGCUGUGGACGUCCUCAACCGAGCUCUGCAAAGAUACCCCGUCGGUCAUGUGGAUAUCGGAUUUACUCACUCUUUGCUCUGCAAGGCACUAACCGACAAGCACAAACACGUGGAAUCUGGUCGACAAGAAAACAUUCAGAGUGCCAUAGACCAUGGAACGAAGUCGAUACUACUGGCUGGGAAAAAUGAUCCACGCAUGCAUCUUUUUCUACAAACCCUUUCUGCGGCCUAUCUAACCAAGUGGAAAGAGAACCGCGAAGAAAAAGCGGACUUGGAGAAAGCGAUCGAGUUUUCAAGAAGAUGCCUUCAUGCGACACCGCAGGAUUCUUCGGAGAGAGCAAGACUCCUCGGUUGGCUCAGCAGCCUGCUUGUUGAACAGCUAUUUGACAACGAUCCAGACGCCGAUGGUUCUACCUUCACUGAACCCCUCAGUCUCUAUACAGAAGCAGUAAAUUUACCAAAUGGCUCGCCGCUGAUGCGAAUACACGCGGCUCGAAAGGCGGUCAGAAUCCUCACAAACCAGCACAGGUGGGAAGCGGCAAAACCAAUCAGCUUGGCAGCCAUGCAGCUGCUACCCCAAGUCUGCGGCAGAUACCAGUCUUUGCAAGACCAGCAGCAGGUUGUUUCGCAAACUUCAGGCCUUGCAUCCGAAGUUUGCUCCGUGUUGCUACAGCUGGGGGAACCCGAUGAAGCCCUCACACAGCUCGAAGCAGGCAGAGCCAUGAUAUUGGGUUUUUCCAUGGACAACACUGAUGAAGUAUCGGAGCUACAAGAAACCGACAAGGGCCUUGCAAAGGAGUUUUUGGACAUCAAGGCGAAGUUGCACAUCCCAUCCGAUCUUCAAAGCUCCAGUCUUGGAGAGGUUAGGCUACAAGAAAGGAGGGCUGCUGAAGCAGACCUUGUCAACUGCCUCGAAAAGAUCAGAAAUCUUGAUGGUCAUCAAGACUUCCUUCGUGAGCCUCCUGUUGAUCGCUUGAAAUCGUGCACUAAGGAGGGCAUCGUCGUCUUGGUGAACACCAGUUACUUGAGAAGUGACGCCAUCAUUCUCGUCGGCUCUCACACACUGGUUGUGCCGCUUCCAGGGCUCGAGCUGCAGAAGGUAGUGGAUUUCCGCGUGCAGUUGAUUUCAGGAUUUUCCACUGUGGAUUUUCCUGUGAAGCGAGCUAUCCAGAUCGUCUCGAAGAAGGUUCCCAAACAGGCGAGACAGCCCUCGCCAGGCCUUGCAGGCUGGCUGUGGGACAACUGUGUACAACCCGUCUUUGACGAGUUGAGGCGGUACGGCACCAUGCCUAGUGAUGGCAAACCGCCUCGGAUUUGGUGGAUAGGAUCCGGUAGCGCCGCAGGAUUUCCUUUCCACGCGGCUGCAUCGGAGAUUCAGCCUGACCAGGACGCAUUAUCUCUGUCAGUUUCAUCGUACACACCAUCCAUCAAGGCCCUGCUGUAUGCCAAGCACCGUUCUGACCGGUCUCGGGCGCUGAGGAUGAAGACAGAUCAGGAAGAACUGGAGUUGACCAUCAUCACAAUGGAAACAACACCCGGGAAUCACGCCCCCCUUCCAGCAGUGCGGAAGGAGAAGGAAGUCAUUGCAGAUCUCACCAAUGGCAAAUGGAAAUGCACACACCUACCUCAGCCAACAUCGAAUCUCGCUUUACAGGCCGUUGCCAUGAGUGACAUUGUCCACUUCGCUUGUCAUGGUGUGGCAGAUAGGGGCGACCCGUCACAGAGUCAUCUUGUCCUCGAGAAGCCCACCAAAGAUGGCAGCACCAAGGAAGCUGAUGAACUCACGGUUCCCCAGCUUCUCGCCCUAAACAAUCUCCAAAAACCCUGGAUAGCGUUCCUCUCUGCCUGCACCACAGCUUCCAUGGGGACCUUUCGCCUCGGGGACGAGGGCUUACAUAUGUCUGGGGCCUUGCAGAUUGCUGGAUUCUCUCAUGUCAUUGGAUCCUUGUGGCCGGUGGAAGACGAGGUCGGCGUCGAAAUUGCUCGUGCCUUUUACGAGAAUCUGAUUGGCGUUACACCCGAUUCUGUUGAUGAUGAAAUCGUGGCUUUCGCCCUGAGGGAGGCAGUGAUCAAGGUCCGACAACAUUAUCCAUGUUCUUGGACUAAAUGGGCGGCUUAUAUUCACUCAGGAGCUUGA